AUGCCGGAACUCUUCACCGACAACGAUCAAAAUUCCACCUGUAGCCCCUCUUCACUGAGAAAGAUCUCUCUCUUUCUUUACGUCAUCAUGCUUUCUUUUCUCUCUCUCCAACCUUCCACCACCAUUACCCGCUCUUCCCUCUUUUCCUACCCCCGCCGCCGCCACCGUCACUCUAUAUCUCCACCGCCACCUCCUCACUUCCCACUCACCACCAAAACUCCUUUCCGCCACCACUUCCAAAUCCGCUCUCUAGACGCUGCCCAAACCAACCACUUCGAGACCCAAAUCUUUGACCGCUUUGCCAAGUCCACCAAGCUCAAAAUCGCCAUCGUCGGUUUCGGGAACUUCGGCCAAUUCCUCGCCAAAACUCUAGUUCGACAAGGCCACACAGUCCUUGCCCAUUCCCGAUCCAACCAUUCCAAAAUCGCCCAAAACCUCGGCGUCUCCUUCUUUCCCGACCCUCACGACCUCUGCGAAGAACACCCAGAAAUCCUUCUCCUCUGUACCUCAAUUUUCUCCACAGAAAAUGUCCUUCGAUCAUUGCCUCUACAAAGACUCAAACGCAGUACCCUCUUCGUAGAUGUAUUAUCAGUCAAAGAAUUUCCAAAAAAUCUAUUCCUUCAAAUCUUACCAUGUGAUUUUGACAUCUUAUGUACCCACCCAAUGUUCGGACCUGAAAGUGGAAAAUAUAGUUGGAAUGACUUACCAUUUGUGUAUGAUCAAGUUCGGAUUGGUAAUGAAGAUUCAAGGGCUAUAAGAAUUGAAAGAUUUCUUGAAAUAUUCAAAAAAGAAGGGUGUAGAAUGGUGGAAAUGAGCUGUGCAGAGCAUGAUAAAUACGCGGCAGGGUCACAAUUCAUUACACAUACAAUGGGAAGAGUUUUGGAGAAGUUGGGAUUGGAGACUACGCCGAUUAAUACAAAAGGGUACGAGACAUUGUUGAAUUUGGUCGAGAAUACUGCCGGUGAUAGCUUUGAUUUGUAUUAUGGGUUGUUUAUGUACAACAAAAAUGCGAUGGAACAGUUAGAAAGGUUGGAUUUGGCGUUCGAGUCCUUGAAGAAGGAAUUGUUUGGGCAUUUGCAUGAUGUUUUGAGGAAGCAGUUGUUUGGGAAGGCCGGGGGCAUAGAGGUGUCGGGGGAUAGGCCGGUGUUGGCGAAGCUACCGGUUUUGGAGGAUAGGCCGGUGUUGUCGAAGCUACCGAAGAAUGGAGCUGCAUUGCCAGCUCCGGCAGACACUGUGAGAAUCCAAAACAAUUAG